UCCCUCAGCAAGUGGCACCUGGUAUCAUCGAGAAAAAGAAAUAUCCUUGUGUAGCUGAUCACUGCAAACUUCAGUAACUACCUAGCUGCUGCCCGGCUCGGAGAGGAGAGAUUCUUCCUGCUAUGGAAAUUCCCACUCCGAUGUUUAAUGUUCCCGGACAUGACCCAAUCGCCAAUUUCUCUCACAUCCUAACAACUCAAGCAUCGAGAUGUGUGCAGAUAUUUAUCUGCUGCAAUCCAGAAGGUAAAGCACAUACAGAAGCUGAGAGAAAGGCAUUGAGGGAAAGUGUUUAUCCAAAAUUACGAGAAUACUGUAGACAUAAACAUGGACUGGAGUUCCAGGCAGUCGAUGCGUAUGUGGGAGUGGAUCCAGAUGAUGUCCAUGAUUCUACGGUCCGGAAACUCCGGAUUAAGCUGCUGGAUGAAUGUUUAAAAUUUUCUGCUGGCCCGUGCUUUGUGGCCCUGAUAGGAGAGCAAUAUGGAAGUGCCAGCUUACCAGCAGAAAUUGAAGCCAGUGAAUUUGAGGUGAUUCUCUGCAAAUCACAAAAUGAAGGCCACUGCACCAGGCUGCUCCAAAACUGGUACCAACGGGAUGAGAAUGCUGUUCCACCUGCUUACUACCUAAGAUCCAAAAUUGAUGUUCUCCCUAACUAUUGCAGUAAGAUUGAGGGCAGAGCAAAGGAAGUUGCUCAUACAGCUUGGCGUGACAGCUUUGCAGAAAUGAAGGUGAUCUUCAAUGAGACAGUGAAGAUGUGUGUUAAAGAGGGAACCAUAAAACCAGAGCAAGCUCGGAAAUAUUUCACCUCUGCUCUCGAAGAAGAGUUGCUCCAUGCUCUGGAAAACCAAUCACCAAGUGUUCUCCCGAUGUGCAUUUGCUACAUUUGCAAAGUCCCACACGUCACUCGCCACCUGAAGAAGAUGCUCAAAGAUCACGAAAGACAAACAGACUCUGAUAGUGAGUUGCCCCAUGAUGGUCUGGCAUAUGCUAAGCUUCUGAGACUGCGGGAUGAGAUUCUCCCAGCGUUGGUCAACUCCUCCGACUUACACGUCUACACUUCAACGCUAUUAGACAACCACAACGUGAACUCUAUGGAGCAAAUGAAGCUGGAGUACAUUGAUGGCCUUUGCCAGCAGUUUUACACUGAUGUGGUUAAAUUGAUUGACAGCAGCAGUGUUCAAAGGCUGACAGAUCGGUUUGACGGUGGGAUAGGAGAGAUUAUGAGGCAUUCUUCCAUGUGUCACUUAUAUGUGACCCUCUCUGACUUUGAGUGGAAUGAAAUGGACCAGAUUAAAGAAUAUAUCCUCAAGAAGCAAUCAAACUCACCCUUCAUUAUUGUGGGAGGACCGUGCAGUGGGAAAACGCUUCUCAUGGCAACGUGUGCCAGACAGGUAUGUUCAUGGCUGAAGAACUGUACUCCAGUGACGGUCAGCCGCUUCCUCUCUUCCACAAACAAUAGUUCCUUUAGAGGUAUCCUGGUUGGAAUCUGUCAGCAAAUAGCAAGAGGCUACCACAAAUCCAUGCAAAUAUAUAAUGACAACAUUGACAAAUUACUUAACUGUUUUACGAGUCUUUUAGAGGAAUCAUCUGAACAGCACCCUUUGAUCAUAAUGAUAGAUGCUGCUGACCAGAUCUCAGAGACUCACAGUACCAGAGCCUUCUGGUGGCUUCCAAAGUCUCUGCCACCAUUUACCAAGUUAAUUAUUUCUACUACUCUGAAGAAUUUUGAAACUGCACAGAAGUCCAUGCAGUUGAACCCUGAUGCAGCAGACCUUCUUGAGUUAAAGCCAAGAGAGAGAAAGGAAUGCAACAAAAUUCUUACGCAACACCUUCUGAGUUCCAAUAGAAAGAUUACCUCUGGGCAACAGAUGUAUAUCAAUGCAGCUCUGCAGCAGUGUACUCUCCCACUUUUUGUUAACUUGCUUUAUAAUGAGAUACUUUUUUGGAGAUCUCAUGAGGAUAUUGAUGAGCAGACUUUAGGAAUAGGUGUUCAUGAUAGUAUCAAUCGACUGCUCAAAAGACUUGAAAGGAGACAUGGGGAAAGUCUUGUUUCCAGAGCUUUAGGCUACAUAACGCUUGCAGCUUCCGGACUUGGUGAGGUCGAGCUGCUGGACAUUUUGUCGCUUGAUGACUAUGUUAUUCAACAUUAUUGGUGGCAAAACGGUUUACCAGACUCUGUGAAAGUGCCAUAUUAUUCAUUGGCAAAACUGGAACAGGAUCUGAGUGGGUUUUUAGUAGGAAGGCUACAUAAUGGCAUAAAGUUGCUCUUCUGGACAAACAGACAUUUUCCACUGGUGGUCAACAAGCGUUACCUUAGGAACAUGGAAACUGUGCAACAAAUGCACAACCUUAUAGCGGAAUACUUUAGUGGCCGAUGGUCCAGGGGAAGAGGGAAACCACUUCUCGUUACUCUGUUGCCUCAGAAACCAAAAGAAGAACAACCAAUGCAGUGGCAGAUGUUAGAAAAUGAUCCUUUAAUGAAGAUACAUGUUGAUAGACAGCAGCCUUCGCAACCAUGGUUUUUUCAUUGCCAAUCUUCUAACCCUUUCCUAGUCUUUCCAAAUCACAGAAAAAUUGAAGAAUUAGCUUAUCAUUUGAAGAGAUCUGGGAGACUCAGAGAUCUAUAUCUUGAUGUUAUGUCUUCCUUUGCAUCUCAUCAAGCAAUGAUUGAAACUGGUCACUUGGUUCAGUUAAUAGCUGAACUGGAGGAAAAUACUGGGACAAUAAAUCGAAGGGAGAUCAGGUUUUUGGCAGCAGUUAUGAAAAGUGAACAUUGCUUACUGCGAGAUUUCCCUGAUCAGCUAUCGAUGGUUAUUCAGAUGAACCUUCUACCAUUUGUAGACUGCUUCCCUCAACUGUUCAAUUAUUUGAAGCAGUCUUAUCAAGAAGGCCUGAGGAAUAAUGCUCUGGCUGUGCUGCACAGUCCAGUAAUUACUGUACCUGGAAUAUCUGCUGCUUUUUGCACUUCUGAUCUUGCUGUAGCAACUGACAUCAUAGAAGUUCAGUCACAAUCUCUUGUUCUUGUGACUCUGGAAAGUGGUUCUAUAUGUGCUUGGAACCUUGAGGUUCAAGCACCUUGGGAACAAAUCAACACAAAAGGGGUUAAAGUUUCAGGAGCCCAAAUAUCAGAUGAUGACCAAUACCUUGUACUUGCAACUGUCCACAGCACAAUAUUAGUGUAUGACUUUGCCCGAUCAUCUCUGCUUUAUGAAGUUGACAUGAGAAAAAGCCUUGCUGGUAACACAGCAGAAAUUUUUUGGCCUAUUUGUGGUUUUGUUCUAUGUAGCACAAAUGCAAUAGUGUGGUUCGAGAGCAGCACAGAGGUGUGUGUCUUUGAUAUUAAGUCUUGCCAAACAAUCAUGCAAUUAAACUGCCCACGUGAGGUUCAAUGCGUAUCAUUUACUACUGAUAGAAGAUAUGCAUUAUGUGGGCAGUUGAAGAGUACGGUCACAAUAUUUGAUAUCCAUACUGGUCUGCAGAUAAGUGAGAUCUUUUUUGAAUUUACUGAAGCAUCAGUCUAUUCAAUUUUCCUGCCUGAAUCCAAUGAGGAAAUCUGUGUUGUUGACAAGGUUGGGAACAUGUGUGUUUGGAACAUUGAAGAUAUGACUGAACCAAACCUCUUGGAAGAGAUUAUUUGUACAGAGGAUGAAAAUGAAGUUCUUAGUGUUGAACUUUCUUCUUGCUCGUUGUUAUUGAGCAGGGCAUCUUGCAUUGAACUGUGGAACACAUUGGUUUGGAGCAUGUCAAACAAGUUCAAACCUCCUAAAGGUGGAUCCUUUGUCCAAGCAAUCUUGUCACAAGAUUGUGAAUCCAUUAUCGCUGUUAUUAGUGGUUCUCAAGCCUUAUUUGUCUGGAAGAAAGAGACUGGACAAUGUGUUCUAAUUCUUGAGAACAGUCUUGGAACCCCACUGAGACUCGCUAAAUGCUAUAAGCAAAAGGCUUUGGUAAUAUUUACGUCAAAGGGCUUUUUGAAGUCAUGGGACCUGGACUGCAUAGAUACUGCCUCAGCUAUACCACGAACAGAAAGGAGCAUACAAAUUCUUUCUUCCCAGGGAAAACAUUUCUACUCUUCUGAUGGUACCAGCAUUGUAUACAAAUGGAGCCUAAUUUUCUUUCAAAUAGAGACAGCCUUUACACAUGCUGAUCUUGUGAAACAUUGUGCUCUUACAAGAACAGGAGCAUCUUUGGUAACUGCAGAUAUUAGUGGCGACCUUUAUGUUUGGGACACAGAAGGUGGUCAAAACCUGCACCGCAUCAGAUUUGGUGAUGUGACACAAUUACUGAUAACACCCAAUGAUCGCUUUGUUGUGUCACUAUGUGAAGAUCAUGUGUCAAAGGUCUGGAAACUGUCCGAAGGGCAUAUCAUCUGCACCAUUCACACACACUUAGAGAAUGCAGUGAUAACAUCAGAAAGUACCUUUGUUCUGGGUCUUCACCAGCAUUUUCUCCUUGCUGUUAGCUUGUGGUCAGGGGCUGUAGUCAAAAGAUUUGAAUGCACUGACAAAGCUGAUAUUGUUGCUUUUCGGACACUGAACAACUAUCCAGACUAUGUCAUGCUUGUCUCAUCCUCUGGAAGCAUUUAUACCUGGAAUAUUACAGAAGAAUCUCUCUACCGACAGAUCCAGCUCCCUGUCAGAUUCCUUAGUCAAUUAGAUGUCUUUCAAGUUUCCAGCGAUGGGAGGAUUGCAAUCCUUUCCGUGAUCACUGAGAAUAUCAGUGUUUUAGAUAUCCUCCAGGGGAAGCUGAGUGUCAUUAGUACAGAGGGUGCAAUCUUUAGUCAGCGACUGACAUGUGAUGGUAAAUAUAUAGUUUAUGUGUGUUAUGGACACCCUUGCCAUUGUGACCAUCAUUCAAGUGCAAAACUUAAUAUUGUUCGGACAACAGAUGGGAAGAAUAUUGGAUGCAGUUAUUUAUCCAAAAUCCCCUCAUGUCUUGCUGUGUCAGAAUACAAUUUAAAUAUUUUUGUAGGAUUUGAAGAUGGGACUAUAGGAAUAUACACAGUUGUUGACAACCUUGCUGCCCAAAACAAAAUUAAAAGCCAGCUGAGCAACUUAUCGAAAACUGAAUUACCCUCCCAAAAGAAAAGCUGGUCCUGUAAAAACAUACCCAAUGCUUUUUGGGUGGAUUUCCUCAAUGAAGGUUCAUUGUAAUGGCUUCGCUAUUCAAUCUCGUACCCAUCUACAUGAUUAAUGAACAUGAACACACAGCGCAAAAUAGUUCUGUCAAAGUUUUUACAGUUGGUGGGGAAGGUGAGAUUUGCAAUAACGCUGUUUCAUUCUGGAGAGCACAAACUGGAAAUGGGUUUCAGUUAGAUAGGCUAAAUAUAUUCUAUAAAAAGAGAAUGCAUGAAGAAUGAUUGGUGCAACCCUCAUUAAACCAUUGAAAAUAGAUCUUCGUAGUUCUUCUCUACAAUGCAUGUAGAUGGACUUCCUUAAUGUGCAUAGCACACUUUAUAAUCCCUAUUUAAGUGCCUUCUGGGAUAUAAAAAAAAUUCCGGCUACCUACUGCUACAUAAACAACUGAAAAAAAUGCCAUGUAAUCAUUUUCUAUAUGAGAACAGAAAAUACUGGACAAACUUUGCAGGUUUGGCAGUAUUUGCGGAGAGUACAAAAUUAAUGUUUCAUGUCUGUGACUCUUCAACUGAACUGAAUAUCUGAAUCCUGAAUCAGAAUAUAUAAUUGUUUCUGCUGUGAGAACAAGAAAUGAGAAUGUUUUGCAUUUUUAACUGUGGUGUUGUAAAGUUACCUGAACCAAGACAGUAGGAAAUUGCACAUUGAAGGCACGGAGUUAAAAAGUAACUUGGGAGCAAAGCACAACUUUGAUGUCCAAGAGUAGCCCAAUGAUUUAUACCAAUGUAAAUAAUCUUACCCAGUAUUGGUAGGAGGAGUGUGCAUGUCAGUGCAGAUUGAAGUACCAAGGUUGGCAUAGCACAGAAUGUACUUUACAUAUCUUCAAUGUACACCACCAACAGUUUUUAUGGAGUCAAAGUUGUACUUCAUAUUAAGAAAACAUUACAUCAUGCUGUGUGGAACUACCACUGUGCUAAAUAGAAUUCACAUAGGCCUAGCAAUUCAAAAAAAUGGGUAUCAAUGAUGAGCUAUGCAUUGUCAGCAUCAGCAGAGUUGUAUUCCAGUACAAUGUUCAACCUCAUGGCUUGGCAUAUCCCCGAGCA